UCAAUGUAUGCGUUUAAAUUUAAUGUAUGUAUAGAAUAUAAAUAUUGACUAGCUGCGAUUUCAUGUGAUGCAUGAAUAACCUUAUAUGUGGGUUAUUUAUAACGUUAGAAAUCAUUCACCGUACGUGCCAUAUUUUAAACGGGUAGGAUCAAUUUAAACUUUAUCAAAAUGACAGAAGCUUUGGAUUUAACCAAGGAUUAUACCAAGGAAAACAAAGACGUUGACAUGUCUAAGACCCGGAAGGUACAGAAGAAAAAAGCACCAAGGACAGGUUCAGCACCGUACGCCACCGUUCCACUUCCGCCUUGCAAGAUAUGCGGAGGAAACUCGACCGGAUAUCAUUUCGGAGCGAUCACGUGCGAAGCUUGCAAGGCAUUCUUUCGAAGGGCAUUGAUACACAAACAGGAGUAUAAGUGCAGUAAAAAUGACAACUGUGAAAUUAUAUUGAAAAGAGCGGGAAACUGUUCAGCUUGCAGACUCAAGAAAUGUUACGAUCUCGGAAUGUCGAAAGGAGGUGUGCGCAAAGGCAGGUAUUCUAUAGCAAUAAGAACGAGGGCAAUUGUUGAGGCUAAAGCCUCGGAGGGAAAAAGUCCAGCAGUGACAACAACUAAUCAAGAUGUACGUGAAAUGUCUAAAGGAAAUUCGUCUACGUCAUCAUUAGGAUAUGUGUCAUCACCGUCAAAAACGAAUCUUCUAAAGAACAAAGACAACGUCACCUCCGAAACAUCUACCAAUUUUACAUCUUCCCCAUCACCUGAUCUAGAUUUCAAAAGCAACGUAGAGCUCGAACUGUUGAUUGACGCCCUCGUGGGAUGUCAGGACGCUGUCUACCCCCACCUUGCACAGCAGUUUGAGAAAAGUAAAAUCUUGUUAGCACAGCGUCAGAUAUUUAUCCACCAUUUCGUUGUUGCAAUGUCCUCCUGCUACUUUCCCGAAACUAUUUCACGCUUGUGUGAUAUAGAAUUGCAAUAA